GGUGGGGGGGUGGCAGACUAGUGCUAAAGUUUUCAUCUUUAGCUUUCUUUUAGCUCUUUUAUAUAUAAUUGGGGCUUUUCCUUUUUAACUUUUUUUUUGAGUUUGUUGAUUUGAGGGAAUGAAGGUAUCUACUUCUGGCUUCAAUUCUCAGCCUGAGGAAGCAGGGGAGAAGAAAAGCCUGAAUUCAGAGCUGUGGCAUGCUUGUGCAGGGCCACUGGUCUCUCUUCCACAUGUAGGAACCAGAGUUGUGUAUUUUCCUCAAGGGCAUAGUGAGCAGGUUGCAGCAUCCACAAACAAGGAAAUAAAUGGUCAUAUCCCUAGCUAUCCUGGGUUACCACCUCAACUUAUUUGUCAGCUACACAAUGUGACCAUGGAUGCAGAUGUUGAGACUGAUGAAGUAUAUGCUCAAAUGACUCUGCAGCCACUAACUCCACAAGAGCAAAAAGAUGUGUGCCUUCUACCAGCUGAACUUGGGACCCUAAGUAAACAACCAAGUAACUAUUUCUGCAAAACAUUGACUGCAAGCGAUACCAGUACCCAUGGUGGAUUCUCUGUCCCUCGACGUGCUGCAGAAAAAGUUUUCCCUCCUCUUGAUUACUCGCAACAGCCUCCUGUGCAAGAGUUGAUUGGUAAAGAUCUUCAUGGAAAUGAAUGGAAGUUCCGGCAUAUAUUUCGCGGCCAACCAAAGAGGCAUCUCCUGACGACAGGAUGGAGUGUGUUUGUAAGUGCGAAGAGACUUGUUGCAGGCGACUCAGUUAUCUUUAUCUGGAAUGAAAAUAAUCAAUUACUUUUGGGGAUACGACGUGCCAAUCGUCCGCAAACUGUUUUACCUUCCUCGGUAUUGUCAAGUGAUAGCAUGCACAUUGGUCUUCUUGCUGCUGCAGCUCAUGCAGCUGCAACAAAUAGCCGGUUUACAAUAUUUUUCAAUCCAAGGGCUUGUCCAUCAGAGUUUGUCAUACCUCUCGCCAAGUAUGCUAAAGCAGUGUAUCAUACGCGAGUUUCUGUUGGCAUGAGGUUCCGAAUGCUAUUUGAAACAGAAGAAUCAAGCAUCCGUAGGUAUAUGGGCACAAUUACUGGCAUCGGUGAUCUAGAUCCUGUUCGUUGGCCAAAUUCUCAUUGGCAGUCUGUAAAGGUUGGAUGGGAUGAAUCAACUGCAGGGGAGAGGCAGCCUAGAGUUUCACUGUGGGAAAUUGAACCUCUGACAACAUUUCCAAUGUAUCCAUCUCCUUUCUCCCUUAGGUUGAAGCGGCCAUGGCCACCUGCACUACCUUCAUUUCCUGGUCUAUCAAAUGGUGAUAUGACUAUGAAUUCUCAACUUCCAUGGCUGCAUGGUGGCAUGGGUGAUCAGGGGAUACAAUCACUUAAUUUCCAGGGAUUUGGUGUUACUCCAUUCAUGCAGCCAAGGUUCGAUGCUUCUAUGCUAGGUUUGCAGCCUGACAUUUUGCAAGCAAUGGCAGCAUUAGAUUCUUCUAAGCUUGCAAAUCAGCCACUUAUGCAGUUCCAACAUAUCCCUAGUACUUCAGCAUCUUCGAUUCAGAGCCAGCUUUUGCAUCCAUCCAAUUUGCAACAUACUUUCCUCCAAGGCCUCCCGGAGAACCAACUAAUAUCUCAGGCACAGAUGCUGCAGCAGCAAUUGCAGUGUCACCAAUCUUAUAAUACUCAGCAGCAACAGUUGCAGCGCCAGCAAUUGUAUCAUGAUCAACAGCUUCAGGAACCCCAUCAAGUACAGCGUCAAGAUCAGCAGCAAACCAAGGCUCAAUUGUGUUCAGCUACUCAGUCACAGCUUUCUCAUUUACAGGUCCUAGGUUCAACGGGGUCUCAACAAACAUUUUCUGAUUUAGUUGGUAAUCAUAUUAAUACAUCUAACAACAGUUCCACCAUGCAAAGUCUCCUGAGCUCAUUUUCCCGUAAUGGAGCAUCCACUUCCCUGAACAUGCCUGAGACCAACUCUCUAGUGUCUCCUUCCUCAUCAUCAAAGCGAAUUGCUCUAGAAUCUCAGAUCCCUUCACAAGCUCCAUACAUGGUGACACAGGCUGAAGUUUUGACGGUGCCUAAUACUAAGGUCUCAGAUUUUUCCACUUUGUUUUCACCAAAUCCUGGCAGACAAGUUUUGGAUUAUCAAUCUGUAGCAGUUAGCCAAAACAAUGCGCUAUUUGGAGUUAAUGGUAUGUCAAACCUGAAGGGUAACAGUCCGGAGAAUGGAUCUUUACCUGUGCCUUAUGCUACCUCUACCUUCACAAGUACAGUGGGUAGCGAGUAUCCCGUUAAUUCAGACAUGACGACAUCAAGUUGUGUAGAUGAAUCAGGUGUCUUGCAGUCCUCAGAAAAUGUGGAUCAAGCAAACUCACUUACAGAAACCUUUGUUAAGGUUUACAAAUCAGAGUCCUUUGGACGAUCACUGGAUAUCUCCAAAUUUAGCAGCUAUAAUGAGCUGCGAAGUGAGCUUGCUCGCAUGUUUGGCCUUGAAGGCCUGUUGGAGGAUCCUGAGAGAUCAGGCUGGCAGCUUGUAUUCGUUGACCGUGAGAAUGAUGUUCUCCUCCUUGGUGAUGACCCCUGGCAUGAGUUUGUGAACAGUGUUUGGUACAUCAAGAUACUCUCUCCACUUGAAGUGCAGCAGAUGGGCAAACAGGGCCUCGACCUACCAAGUGCUGGCAAAACGCAGAGGAUCACUAGCAAUGGCAAUGGCUGCGAUGAUUUCAUGAACCGGAACCAUUCGUGUAAUAUUAUGAAUGGGAUCCCCUUGGGGUCACUUGAGUACUAAUUUAUGUUGCUUGGACACUCUCAAAAUGUUAUUGCGCCCGCGUUGGAUGGCAAUUUUGACGAGUUUGAGCAGCAUAAACUACUAAUGAACAAGACAAUCAAGUGAUCCCAAAGGUAAAUGUACCAUGUAGUUGCUGGUAUCAGCAAUUCUUUGUACCUUGUUCUAUCAAAAUGUUAUUUUGUCAUGCAUUUCUUCUACCUAAAAAAAAAUGAGGUCAAAUCUCAUUUAAACCUUGUAAACCAGAUAAUUUUCAAUGUAAUUAUUUAAUGUUUUAUUGUUGUUAUUCCUGUGGAACUAUUUCAAGAGACAACUGUACAAAUAGUGUUACUAGCUGAAGCAAUGUCUUUUCUACCUAUUGUAUUUAAGAAUAGACUGAUUACUUAUCACUUACAAGUUGUUGUGCUCAAAUUUUAA